CCUCUCUCAAGUCUAGAGGGUUUUCGAACUGGCCGCAACCUUUUUCAACCCCCCAACCCCCACGCAAAAAAAACAAAAAAACAAAAAAAAAAGAAAUGAAAAAUUGUGAUUCAAUUAGAUGACGCGUCUUUUCUUCUGCACUACACUCUUGAUGAUGGAUAAUGUUGCUGAUGAUGAAAUCGAAUUCUGGAUUGGGAGGUUUUGGAAAAAUAAGAAAGAUUCUCGAUGUCUCCACGUCGACAUCGACUUCAUAGGAGUCGUUCCCGUUCGCAACAUAGCGAGGGAGAGGUUCCCACAGCAUCCUCUCUAGCGGCAUCCUUUUUUGGAGGACACUAUGAAGAGGGCGAACUUCCACCGGAUCCUGUAUUCCCUGGUUCUGAUAAUCUGGAUAGCUUCAUGCAACAGAUGUGUGACGCCAUUCGUGACGAUUCCAUGGAUGUCGAUACGAACCUUGAUACUGAGUAGGUUAAUAGCGUUGAGCCCGCCAUUCUAUGUUCAGGUAACUUGAAGAACCCAAGCAUGGAUAUUGGGGAAAAAGAAUUUUCUGUUCCUUCUGCAGAUGUCGUAAUAGAGAAGCCAGUUGAGGAUGAGGCCUUUCAUGAUGUAGGUUUCGAGGAACAGGGGUGUGUCUCUGCACCAAGUUUCUCGGGACCCGACAUUGGAUUAUUAGUCGACAUGCUGGCUGAACAGGCCACCAGAGGAACCGUGGGACCACCCUUUGAGAGUGAUUCAUUCACAGUACCAGUCAUUGGGACCGAUUUAGUAAUGAUCCCCGGCAUAUCUAGUUUACCUCGGAGUGACGGACUUGCAGGACCAGCCAUCGGGACCGAUACUCUUACGACUACUGGUAUUCCCCGUGUACCUGAGGACUUGCAGGACCAGCCGUUGUGCCUGAUGCCACUACAGUAUCUGGGACCGAUAGUUUGCAUAAAAGCGGUGUCUCCCCGCCACAACCGAGAGGUAUAACCGAUUUGCCUACAGGGGUUGAAAUACCCUCCACGACUACUGCCGUUAUCUCGGAGCCUGUCAGACCUCAGCCCGAAGGGACCUCCGUUGGCGUUGGAUCUCGAUCAUCUCUAUAUGAGCGUGUCCGCGCCCUUUUGGCCGAUACCGAUCCCGACAAAGACAUUUUUCGUACAGACCUCGGCCUUUUUACCGUCUUUUUUAACGGCAUGAUCGAGAAACUUCUUCAUCAAGGAUAUUGCUUCGAUCAGUUCAGACGUUCCUUUUCUCGCUACAUGACGAUGAUCAGAGAUGAAGGGUACCCAGAGCUGGCCGAUUCCUACACCGCCGAUUUUACUGUUCUGGAAUCGGAGAUCCGAGAGUUGAAGGAAUUAAAGGCUAAUGGGGCUUCUUCCUUCGUGUCUUCUCAGAUGGAGCAUAGGCUGGCACAGUGGCGCGACCUGAGAUCUUCCAUCGGUCGCGAGCUGCAGUCACAUGAGAGUUCCGUUGCGCAGCUGAUGGCUACUGUGGCGAGGAAGGAUACCGAUAGAGCCGGGUUACUCAGCUCUUUGGAUUCCGGCCGUGAGGAAGUGACUAGGUUGAAGGAGGCCUUGAAGCACGCCGAGGAGUCCGUUACUAUUAUUGCAGAAGACUUGGCUGGAUUAGAGCGUUCUCGUGUACAGACCCUCAAGAAGCUAGGAUCUACACAGGAGAGAUUGAUGAAGCUGAAGAAUGAAGCCGUGAAGAUCUUGAGCAGUUCUGAAGAAUCUGUCCGAGCUGGUCUGCAGGCAGAACUUGAGCAGAGUUAUAUAGAUAGACUUUCUAGUUAGAGUCUCAUGUUCUUAGCCGCCAGCUGCCUUCGGGCUAACGAGCUUUUUAUUGUAUGCUUUGACAUAAUCUAUUAAUAAAGACUCCGUAUUUGAUUCAUUUAUGAUAUUUCUUUAUUUAUUUUGAA